AUGUAAGCUGCAUACCAGUGACAACAGACACAGAGACACCCCCCCAGUUUGCCUCAGUGCUGGGGAGUGUGAAGACCCGGGCAGAUCGAAACUACCCAGGUUGACCCCUGAGCUCCUUGCUUCCGCCAAGGAUACAGACAGAAGCCGAGGAAGACAGGACCUCUGCACAGUCCCGCAGGCUUAGCUCUGCUUCCCGCCCGAAAACCAGCAUGUCUCGGUUCAGCACCAUGUCCACCAAAGAGCGGAAGAUGCAGGCGGCGGCUAUUUGCCGAGAGGUCCAGGGUUCCAAUGGCGACACGAUGGACCUUGGAAAGAAGCUAAGCACUCCUAAAGACAUCAUGUUGGAGGAGCUCUCAUUGCUCUCCAACAGGGGCUCUCGCCUCUUCAAGAUGCGCCAGAGGAGGUCAGAGAAAUACACCUUUGAGAGCAUACAGAAUGAAGCUAACAUGCAGCUGAAUAAUGGUGUUCAAGCACAGAACAAUGGAACCGCAGAAAGCAAAGCUGAAGGAAAUGGCCUGGACGCCAAAACGCCACCCAACACACCUGAUCCAAGGAGCCCCCCGAACCCAGACACCAUUGCGCCAGGUUACGGUGGACCCUUGAAGGACGUCCCUCCCGAAAAGUUUAACACCACGGCGGUUCCAAAGUCCUACCACUCCCCCUGGGAGCAGGCCAUCAUCAACGACCCCGCCCUGGCAGACACGCUGCAGUUGAGGAUGCCGGUCCCCGAGCCCAGGCCUGAGGGCCCGGAGUACAAGAGCUUUAACAGGGUUGCCACUCCGUUUGGCGGCUUCGAGAAGGCCCCCAGGGGAAUCACGUUCAAGCUCCCCGAGCUGGACCUGAACCCCCCCAAAUACCCAGAGCUCCAGGACCCGACAGCCAAGCGGCCCACUUUCAACAGGACGGCGCAGGGCUGGAUAUCGGACGGCGUCCCCCUCAUCCUGCCCACUGUGUCCCUGGAGCCCGCGGAGAUCCCCGAGUCCGACGACCUCUGAGCCAUCGCCGACCUGAUGCUGUGUGACAGAUUUGACCAGACAGACAGCUCGUGUGAAUUGUGUCACCUCUCACCACACGCCCCUGCCCCUCCUUCCCCCCUCCCGAACCCCCCACCCCCUCGCCCCUGCCCCACCGUGAUGCAUGCCGCUGCUGAUAAGCACCAGAGUGGACAGGCGGCUUCCAUCGGGGGGCUACUGCACUUUCCACUUUAAAUUCUGUCCAGCGAUUUCUGAAUGACAUGCAUCUGAUAAAAUGCUAGGGCUUGGAUUUAAUCUAACUGCAUUGCAGUUUGUCCCGCAACAUAUUUAAACAAGCCUUACCGAUUUGUACUACUUGAACAGCAUUAGAAUCAACAGUCGUUUAAAUGUAUGAAAAAAAUUCUGUAGGUAAUACAUAAAGUAGCGUAUGUUUUAAUUUGACACUCAGAGUUCAGGAUAAACCGCAAUGCAUUAGGACUAAAUGCACCCCCCCCCAAACCUCUUGUAAAUAACAGUAAAAUAGUGCCUGAAAACUGCUUACAUGAGGCUAAUACACCACUUACUUAUUUUUCAUGUACAAAAAACAGAUGUAGAAUGUUCUUCAAUUUCUGAAGAGAGUGUGUGAUUUGUUGAAGCUGUUGUUGCUCUUUUUUCUGCUGGGAUGUAAGAUGUUGGACAUAACACUUGCACACAUACAUGUGUGUAAGACAUCCUUUAAAAUGCAAUGACUGAUGGAUGUUGAACAUGCACAAUAGGCAUUUUGUUGUGCCAUAAAAGCAGAUAUUCAUUAUUAAAAAUGGGAAUGGAGAGAGGUUACUAAGAGUGGAUAUGUGGCAUCACUAAUGACCAUUAUUAAUUCAUGAUCAUUUGAUAUCCAUCAAGUUUUUGCAUUUUACUGGUAUACGGUGAGGUAAAUUACAAUGCAAGAUUUGACCCACGCUGGUCCACAUGACAGUAUCUAUUUGCAUCCGAUAAUGGUUACACAGAAACCCAAGUGCCUUGUGAACCCUGCCUUAAUCUACUGCUAUCGGCAAUAAAUAGUUUCAUGUCACA